CUCUCUAUAUAAAUAUCCCAACCUCCAACACAUAACCCACUCUGCUCUCUCUCUUCAUCGCUUCAAAACCAUCUCUCUGCUUCGUCUUCAUCGGUCUCCCACCUCCUGCUCUCUUCACCAUGACCGAUAAAGCUGGAUCAUCCUCCGACCCUAAGGGGACUAAGAGAGAUUUCAGCACUGCGAUUCUCGAGCGGAAGAAGGCGGCGAAUCGCCUCGUCGUCGAUGAGGCCAUCAACGAUGACAACUCCGUCGUCGCGCUUCACCCAGAGACCAUGGAGAAGCUCCAGCUCUUCAGGGGCGACACUAUUCUCAUCAAGGGAAAGAAAAGAAAGGAUACUAUCUGCAUUGCCCUUGCUGACGAUACUUGUGACGAACCAAAGAUUAGGAUGAACAAGGUUGUGAGGAGCAACCUGAGGGUUAGGCUUGGGGAUGUUGUUUCUGUACACCAGUGUGCUGAUGUCAAGUACGGAAAGCGUGUGCACAUUCUCCCUAUUGAUGACACUAUUGAAGGUGUUACUGGAAGUUUGUUUGACGCUUACUUGAAACCUUAUUUCCUGGAGGCCUACCGCCCGGUGAGGAAGGGAGAUCUCUUCCUGGUGAGAGGAGGAAUGAGGAGUGUAGAGUUCAAGGUUAUUGAGACUGAUCCUUCUGAGUACUGUGUUGUUGCUCCAGACACUGAAAUCUUCUGCGAGGGGGAGCCUGUAAGACGGGAGGACGAGGAUAGAUUAGAUGAGAUUGGUUAUGAUGAUGUUGGUGGAGUUAGGAAGCAGAUGGCUCAGAUUCGUGAAUUAGUGGAGCUGCCAUUGAGGCAUCCUCAGCUUUUUAAGUCAAUUGGUGUGAAGCCCCCGAAGGGUAUUCUUUUGUAUGGGCCACCUGGAUCUGGUAAGACACUAAUUGCCAGAGCUGUCGCAAAUGAAACCGGGGCUUUCUUUUUCUGCAUCAAUGGGCCUGAAAUCAUGUCAAAAUUGGCUGGGGAGAGUGAAAGCAACCUCAGGAAAGCUUUUGAGGAAGCAGAAAAGAAUGCGCCUUCAAUAAUCUUUAUUGAUGAGAUUGAUUCGAUUGCUCCCAAGAGAGAGAAGACACAUGGAGAAGUUGAGAGGAGAAUUGUAUCCCAGCUCUUGACACUGAUGGAUGGACUUAAAUCUCGUGCCCAUGUAAUUGUUAUGGGGGCUACGAAUCGUCCAAACAGCAUUGACCCCGCUCUCAGAAGGUUUGGUAGAUUCGAUAGGGAGAUAGAUAUUGGUGUCCCAGAUGAAGUUGGGCGUCUCGAGGUUCUUCGUAUUCAUACAAAGAACAUGAAGCUUGCUGAAGAUGUUGAUCUGGAAAAGAUCGGCAAGGAGACACAUGGUUAUGUUGGUGCUGAUCUUGCUGCCCUAUGUACUGAGGCUGCCCUUCAGUGCAUCAGAGAGAAGAUGGAUGUCAUUGACUUGGAAGAUGAGGAGAUAGAUGCUGAGAUACUCAACUCAAUGGCAGUUACAAAUGAACACUUCUCCACUGCUCUCGGAACAAGUAACCCAUCUGCUCUCCGUGAAACGGUUGUUGAAGUGCCCAAUGUAUCUUGGGAUGCUAUUGGAGGUCUUGAGAAUGUUAAGAGAGAACUUCAAGAGACGGUUCAAUAUCCGGUUGAGCAUCCUGAGAAAUUUGAGAAAUUUGGGAUGUCACCGUCAAAGGGAGUUCUAUUCUAUGGCCCUCCUGGGUGUGGUAAAACUCUUCUUGCCAAGGCCAUUGCCAAUGAGUGCCAGGCUAACUUUAUCAGUAUCAAGGGACCUGAAUUGCUUACUAUGUGGUUUGGAGAGAGUGAGGCCAAUGUGCGGGAAAUCUUUGACAAGGCUCGCGGAUCUGCUCCAUGUGUCCUAUUUUUUGACGAACUUGAUUCCAUUGCUACUCAGAGAGGUAGCAGUUCAGGUGAUGCUGGAGGUGCUGCAGAUAGAGUUUUGAACCAACUCCUUACAGAGAUGGAUGGAAUGUCCGCAAAGAAGACUGUUUUCAUAAUUGGUGCCACUAACAGACCUGACAUUAUAGACCCUGCACUUCUACGUCCGGGCCGUCUGGAUCAAUUGAUAUAUAUCCCUCUCCCUGAUGAGGAAUCCCGUCUUCAAAUUUUCAAGGCAGCCUUGAGGAAGUCUCCAGUUUCUAAAGAUGUGGAUCUUAGUGCCCUUGCCAAGUAUACCCAAGGAUUCAGUGGUGCUGAUAUCACUGAAAUUUGCCAGCGUGCUGUCAAAUAUGCCAUCAGAGAGAAUAUUGAGAAGGAUAUUGAAAGGGAGAGGAGGAGAAGUGAGAAUCCUGAGGCUAUGGAGGAAGAUGUAGAGGAUGAAGUACCUGAAAUCAGGGCAGCUCACUUUGAGGAAUCAAUGAAGUUUGCUCGUCGCAGUGUUAGUGAUGCUGAUAUCCGCAAAUACCAAGCAUUUGCUCAGACAUUGCAGCAGUCGAGAGGAUUUGGAACCGAGUUUAGGUUCCCAGAAAGUGGUUCUGCUGCAGCUGCUACUGGAUCUGACCCUUUUGCAACUAGUGGUGCCGGGGCUGAUGAAGAUGACCUUUACAAUUAGAGUAGCUCCAUAAUGCACACUUUUAUCUUUUUUUAAUUUCAGACCUGCAGUUUGGAUUCCAUCAACACUUCAGGUGGAAGUGUCCAUUUAAUCGUUAUUGUGCUGGAAAAGGCCUGGGGUUCUUGUGGCCACUGGAUGAGCCGAGGAUAGUCUAAGUUGAACAAUGUUAUCUUUUGAUAAAUUUAUAAUGGAUGAUGUAAAGACUGAACCAUUUUAUUUCAGUUCAACAGUUCCAUGCUUUUA